GCAGUGAUCGAAUCCUCAUCUUCAAUUUUCAUUCUCAAUCCUCAGCCACCUUUCCCAUUUCUCUCUAUUCUCCUCUCACUGUCUCGCUCUCACUUUGGGGUUGAAGAUGAGAAUUUGUGGAGCAGCAACCAGCAGCUGCUACACCACCACGUCCAAUUCCCUUCCAGUGUUCAUUUCUUCUUCCCUCUCCAGUCCUACCAAAACCAAGUUCCUGCCAUCACUUUCUAGAUUUUCUGUCAAGCGUUCUUGCUUCUUUUCUGAAACUCGUCCCCGUGUUGCUGUGAACAAGCCCUCCAUGAACCUGUUGAAUAGACUUGGGUUUGGCAGCACAAGGGCACCAGAGAGCAUGGAUUCAUCCAUUGCUCAGGGACCAGAUGAUGACAUACCUGCACCGGGCCAGCAGUUUGCUCAGUUUGGUGGUGGUUGCUUUUGGGGUGUUGAAUUGGCCUUUCAAAGGGUGCCUGGGGUGACUAAGACAGAGGUUGGUUAUAGCCAGGGGCUUUUGCAUAAUCCAAGCUAUGAGGAUGUGUGUUCAGGGACCUCAAACCACUCAGAGGUUGUAAGGAUCCAGUAUGAUCCCAAAGAAUGUAGCUAUGAGACUCUGCUUGAUGUGUUCUGGGCUAGGCAUGAUCCUACCACUCUGAAUAGACAGGGAAAUGAUGUGGGAACACAAUACAGAUCUGGAAUAUACUACUACACGCCGGAACAAGAGAAAGAGGCUAGAGAGUCUUUGGAACAACAACAGAAGCAGCUGAACAGGAAGAUUGUCACUGAGAUCCUUCCUGCCAAGAAAUUUUACCGGGCGGAGGAGUAUCAUCAGCAGUACCUUGAGAAAGGUGGUCGAUUUGGUUUCAAGCAAUCUGCUAGUAAAGGGUGCAAUGAUCCAAUCCGGUGCUAUGGUUAAUUUUUAAAAGUGAAUUACCAUCAAGGAUUAGUAUGACUGGUUCUUUAGAUAUUGAAGGUCGAUAGAGUUUUGUUAGCAAGUAUUUGUUAAUAAUAUAUCAACAAAGCUUAUGCAAAUUGUAUUGGAGGUUGACGAUGCAGACAUAAAUUCAGGUGUAGGGUUGUAUAUUGUCUUUUAUAUGUAAUAUAAUUUUGUUAUGAAGUAUUAUCUUGACAACCUUUAAGCAUCAUAUCUAGUUGAACACAGUCUCUUGUUUCUGGAUUAGUAGCUCAACUUCUUUUCAUCUAAGAAUAUUUCUCUCAAAAAAGUAGUUCAACAUUUUACAGUUUCAAAAUUUGCUUUGUACAAAACAUUAGAGCAUUAUUAUGUAAAAGAAAGACCAAGUUUAUUGUAGAAGGAAGUCAAGGAAUUGUCAUUAAGAAUGCAUCAAAUU